UCAUUCAUUCAUUCAUUCAUUCAUUCACACACACCCACACACUCACCCACUCUCUCUCUCUCUCUCUCUCUCAUUGAAUCAGUUAGUGAAUAAAUCAGGUGAUUUGAAAAUAUAAAGAUUUUUUUUUUCUUUCUUUAGGCACCCACAUAUCACUGAUUGUAUUAUAGUUUCUGAUUAUUAUUACUAUUACGUUAUAAGCGGGUAACCAAAAUCACAAAGUAUAAAAAUGUUCAUAGAAAAUCAAUUUUCCAAUAUGUAUAUAUAGAUAUAUAUUACAAAUAUCAGUCUAAUUUGCAUUCAUAGUGAUUAGUAACAAUAAUCAACAUCGUUAUGUUGUUGCUGUGAUUGUUAUCGUUGUUGCUGUGCACAUAUUUAAUUGUGAAAAUUUGCUUUAUUUACAUGUAAUAACAAUGAUACAUAUACAUGGAAUAUAGAUUAGUAUAAUUUAUUAUUAUUCCUAUAUUAUUCUAUUCAAAUGUACAAUUGAGAAUUACUGUAAUAACUGAUUACAUAAUAAAAAGAAAGAAUCAUUUCUAAUUUAUUAAAAAUGUUUCCAAUUCUUGAAGAAAUCAAUUUAAAUUGUCAAUUAUCAAAUGAAUUAUGUCUAUUUAAACAAUACGAUGAUAUUCAAUGGUCAAUGGAUGAAAAGACAGAAACAAAUCAAACAAAUGAAAUAGAUGAUGAUUUCCUAUUACAAAUUGAAAAUAAUCUACAACAUGAAGAGAUAACAUUUAAUAAUAAUAAUGAUAAUCAUAAUAAAACAAAUGAUUUUAUGAAUGAAAUUUAUACAGAUAUAUCAGAUGAAUUAAUAUGGCAAUCAACAUCACCAUGUUCAUCAGAAUCUAUAGAUUCAUUUACAUGUAAUAGAAAUGAUUUAAAAAGUUAUUUAGACAAUUCUUCAUCAUCUUCAUCGUCUUCACCAUCAUCAUCAUGUUCAUCAUCGGCAUCAUCAUCAUCAUCAUCAUCCUCGUCUUCAUUUUCACCAUCGUCCUCAUCUUCAUCUUCAAUAUCAGCAGCAGCACCAGGAGCAUCAGAUUUAACAACUCAUUCGAAAUGUACAGAUCAGAGGUUACUACCUUCCAAUAUUACACCAGAAUAUAUGAAUAUAUUAAAUAUAUCUAAUCAUUUUGAUAAUAUCUUAGAUCCAUCAUUAUUCUAUAUGAAUUAUAUAAUGAAACAUAAUGAUAAUAUAAAUGAAUAUAAUAAUAAUAAUCACCAUGGUAACUAUAAUACAUUAGAAAAAUUCACUACAAAUUAUUUAAAUGAAUAUGAUCUAUCAUCUCAAAUGAAAUUGUUACCAUGUAAAGAUAAUAAUCAAAUGAAUCAAUUAUCAAUAAUCAAUGAUCAAUAUUCAUUAAUUGAUUUAGAAAAACAAAUAGAAAGUACAGAUAUAGAUUGGAUGGAUACAUUAGACAUUACUAAUUUACAUACAGAUGAUGUUACACAAAUUUUUUCAACAGUCAAUUCUUUAAAAUCUACAUCAGAAGAAAUCAAUAAUUCAGACUAUUCAGCAACAUCAUCAACAUCAUCAUCUUCUUUUUCAUCUUCACCAUUAUCAUCAUCAGCAGCAGCAGCAUCUUCAUCAUCAGUUAAACAUAAUGAUGAUUCAAACAAUAAGGAUAAAGAACAUUUUGAAGAUGACCUAUUACAUAAUAAUAAUGAUGAAUAUAAUUCAGAUAGUACAUUAACAUGUUCUGAAGCUGAAUAUUAUAAUAAUUUAAUACGUCAAAAACAUUUAAGAAAAUAUCGAAUUAAGAAACAUAAAUCUAAACAUAAAAGUUCUAUUUCAAAUAAUCAAUAUGGAUCUGAUUCAUCAUCGUCGUCUUCGUCAUCUUCUUAUUCUUCGAAUGAUGAUGAUGAUGAUGAUGACGAGGAGGAGGAAGAGGAAGAAGAGAAGGAGGAGACGAAAGAGAAGAAGAAGAAGAAGAAGAAGAAGAAGAAGAAGAAGAAGAAGGAAAAUGAGAAACUGAAUAAUCGAUUAAAAAACUUUACAUAUCCUACAAUAUCUAAUUUAUAUAAUCAUCAUCAAAAGAGAACUUCAUCUAAACAUUAUAGAGAAUCAUCUAAAGAUAUAAAUGAUCAAGAAUCAUGGUGGCCUAAACAUUUAACAAAACGUAUGUAUAAAGAUUUCUAUUCAACUUCUUGGUUAUCUAAUAACUCAUUAGAUGAUCAUUAUAAAAAGAUUAAUAAUAAUAACAAUAGUAGUAGUAGUAGUAAUAGUAAUGGUAGUAAUAAUAAUGAUAAUGAUAAUAAUGAUAAUACCCAGCAACCAACUCCUUUAAAUGAAUUAAAACCAAAAUCUAUUCCUAAAAUCAAAUCCAAAAAACAAUCCAAAUGUUCACAUUCACAAUCACACUCACAUUCACAUUCACAUUCACAUUUACCUAAUAAUCAUGAUCGAUAUAAAAAUAAACAAAUGGAAUUAUGGCAAUUUAUAUUAUAUCGUUUACAAAUGAGUAAAACUAGUUCAUUUCAAUGGGUUAAUAAAUCAACUGGUUUAUUUCGUAUUAUAAAUACACAAUUAGCUGCAAAAGAAUGGGGUCAUUAUCGUAAUAAUAAAUUAAUGGAUUAUGAAAAAAUGGCUAGAGCUAUAAGAUUUUAUUACAAGGAUUCAAUAUUACGUAAAUCACGUCAACAAUUACAUUUUCAAUUUGCUAUGCCUUAUGUAAAAUGGGCGGAAAAUUUUUAUGAAAAAUAAAAAAAUAAUCUUUUUUUUUUCAAAAAAAAACAAAAAAAAGAGAAACAAAAGUGUACAUUCCCAUUGUAUUUCUUUUGUUUUAUUCAAUUGUUUAUAUUACCCCCCACCCACCCCCAUCAGUAUGUUUGUUCAAUACUUGUGUAUAUUGUUGAUUUAUGGUUUCCAAGAUAAUGUAUAUUAAUGUAAAGCUUGUAUUUUAGUUGAAUGGGAGUUAUGGUUAUAAUAAUCGAAUAUAAGGUGAGCAUUUUAUCUUAUUUAGAAUUGAUCAGUUGAAUUUAUUCACGUCUUGGUAUCUUUAGUUUGAUCCAUGGUGAUAGAUACAGACUAUUUGUUUUGCGGUUUGUGUGACUAUUGUAAUCAAUGGUUGGAGACUAUGAAUGACAUGGCUCAGAAUCGAUCAC